GUUAAAAUCUCCAGACUCGCGAUGAAAGCGCUCUGAAUGACUUUGCGUCGCUAUGAGGUAACCUAGUACAUCACUGCAGCAUAAACACUAUGUUAUUCUAUGCAUCAUGGGCAAAACUGAUGGUUUACCCUCUUCAGAUACCACCAGAAGAAAGGGCAGUAGUCGUACCUCCAGGUGGUAGUGCUGUUUUAAACUGUCCAUUUUCAGCGACUUACAGUCUGAAUCUUACCAACUUAAUCAUAAACUGGCAGCAUGGAGAGACGGUGGUCCACAGCUUUUAUCUAGGUAAAGAUCAACUAGGUCGACAGGGACAGAUCUACAAGGAACGGACAUGCUUGUUUAUGGAGGAGGUGUUGAAGGGAAACGCGGCACUUUCACUGAACAAUGUCCAGCCAUACCAUCGUGGAGAAUACACCUGCAAUGUUCAAAACCUAAUGGGACAAACCAAAAAGAGUAUACAACUCAUUGUGGCAGCUCCUUAUGGAGAACCACAGAUGGCUGUUCACUACACCUGCAACUAUGUAGUUGUUACCCUGUCGUCAUCUCAGGGUUUUCCUGAGCCAACUGUGUCUUGGAAGCAUCCAGAUGGGAGAAAUGUCACAACCACAGAGCUGGACACUGAGGGGUUCUACAGAGUACAGAGCAACCUGACAUUGAGCCUCAACACUACACAGACUGUUGUCGUUGAGAUGAGACUGGAAAUACUUUUGCAAAGUUUCAUCAAGGAAAUAACACUUCAUCCCCUACAAGUGCUGAGGUUCACUCAAGACCAGAGGAUCUCUCAAGUCAUGGCUGCAUGCAAAGAAGCUCAUCACUGGAGACGUUUUUGGAUUUCAAAACAUCAGCAAAUGAUGCUGGCUUCUGAGUCUCUUGAUGAGCCCGUGGCUUCUGAGUCUCCUGCCCGCAGUUUCAGCAUCUCCAGACCUGCCUGUGGUCUGCUGUUCCUGCUCCCAGGGCCGCUCCCGUUCCUGCUCCCAGGGUUGUUCCUGUUCCUGCUCCCAGGAUUAUUCCUGUUCCUGCUCCCAGGGCCGCUCCAGCUCAGCCUCCUGUAUCAUCUGCUGUCCUGUCUCAGGUGGCAUAUCUUCUAA